AUCAAGCCAUUGAAGAAUCUACUCUGCCUUCAUCUAUCGAGCUCGAGCGGGUAGUCAUUUCAAAUGACCCUUCUGAGUUGGUGGUAGCUAUGACUACUGACUGGUCUCCUAAUCCCCUAAUUUUUUUUCCAACUGAUACUGCCCCAACUAAAGUCCUAAUUCUUCCUUCCCCUAUUUGGUCACCCGAGGAUGAUUUCCACACUGAAGAAGAGGAAAAUCUCUGA